CGAAGAUUGGCAUUAAGGUAAGCUGUCACUCAAAUUCCUCUUUUUUUCCGUCGCCCAUCAAUCUAACAAUCGACGCAACAUGCUCGAAUGCAAUGGCUCGCCAUGGAAUGAGCCAAUGUGCACUUUGCGAAAUGAACAGUGAGGCAAAAGACUGAUCACACAUAAAGGCAAGCUGUUGUGGCGAGAGAAAAAAAGAUGUCCGCUUAUUUGGAAAAGGCGCAUUGGAAAGGGUGAAUGAGAAGGCCAAGCGUGUGUUGACUAAUCUACAGACUACUGGACAUUCGAAUGUUAUUAGGAGCGAUACCUAUCGAUGAUCGCAAUGUCGAUGGGAUGUGUUCUGUUGACAGUUUUAUUUGUUCAACAUUUGAAAGCACCCAUAUUAUCUGAUACAUGUAGCCUGAGCCGCUAUACGAUCUUUAGACAGCGAGGGUAGGAUAAAUUGGUUAUCAAAUUGACACGAAAUUGUAUGCACGUUUGUUUUAUGUAAACACAUUUGAUCUAUUCCCAUAUUUAUUUUUGCACAUGCAUACGACUUGCUAGGGAGAGAUUCAGGGGCCUAGUGUCCCAGUUUAGGAUGAUGCUUGGUGAACAUUACGAACUGUAGAUGCACAACUGCUGCGUUGGACAAUGCUUUAUUUAAUCAAAAGCUGUGCCCGGAAGUUAGGGCUACUGACUGUACAACAUAACCUCCCGCGCUGCACGCGUGUGUAUCGAUAACUGCACUAUCUGAAUUCCAUUCUGAUACACGCAUACAGUGACCAAGCAUUUACUAAAUUCCAAAAAACAUGCAUCCUCAUACCGCAGAAUGAAAGGCCCUGUGUUGACAUAGUACCCUGACUCUACUUUCUUCGUUGUCUAUGUAUGUAUCAUGCAAUGGUUAUAGCUAAUCUAUGACAACAACAAAAAUCUAAUCUAAACCCCAUUUUUGAUGCAUGUGUCUCUGUAGGACUGGUAGGCACACAGGUCUUGGACUGGAAUGCCCGAGUAUUGGCAUCAUUGGCAGCGACCAUGAUGGAAGCCCAGUCGGCAUCUCUAGAUGAGUACCCGGAGGUAGAUCAGGUAAGAGAUUGAAGAUGAGGAGGAGGAGUGAAGUUUGAACAUAUGACAAAGUGGGUGGCCAUAUUCCAAUGAAUGAGCUAUGUGAUAUAUACGCCAAACUUGUAACCACAAAUUCACUAGUAAAUUAAUAACUGUCUGAAGAAGGGUGUUACUGUCCUGAAUUCCCAAUUUCAAUGAGCUGCUGUGAAAAUGAAUCCUCUGUGGACUCCAUGGCCUCUCAAGUUAUCAGCAAACAUGGAUGAGAUCGCGGGGGCUGAGACUAACCACACAUCUUCCAGCUCUCACCCAAGUGUAUUUUUAACACAUUGCGUUUCAAUCAAAGUAAUUGUUGUGCCAUCACAUGGCAAUCACAAGGGCAGGGACAGUCCAUAUCCAGAGACAGUGAGUGAGGAAAUGUUUUUCAAAUACUGUAACAGCCACACAUCUACAGUGUGCACGUAGGAGUGAGGCAAUAUUCAUCAUCAUACAUGUCAUUUUAAUAUAAUAUAUGCCAUUUAGCAUAUUAUUUAUCUAUACUGAACAAAAAUGUAAACACAACAUGUAAAGUGUUGGUCUCAUGUUUCAUGAGCUGAAAUAAAAGAUCCCAGACAUUUUCCAUAUGCACAAAAUGCUUCUUUCUCUCAUUGUGUGCACUAAUUUGUUUAAGUCCCUGUUAGUGAGCAUUUCUCUUUUGCCAAGAUAAUCCAUCCACCUGACAGGUGUGCCAUUAAACAGCACGAUCAUUACACAGGUGCAGCUUGUGCUGGGGACAAUAAAAGGCCACUCUAGAAUGUGCAGGUUUGUCACACAAUACAAUGCCGCGGAUGUCUCAAGUUUUGAGGGAGUGUGCAAUUGGCAUGCUGACUGCAGGAAUAUCCACCAGAGCUGUUACCAGAUAAUUGAAUGUUAAUUUCUCUACCAUAAGCCGCCUCCAACUUCGUUUUGGCAGUAUGUCCAACCGGCCUCACAACCGCAGACCACGUGUUACCACGCCAGCCCAGGAUCGUCUGAGACCAGACAACCGGACAGCUGAUAGAACUGAUGAAAGGAGAUGGUCACACCAGAUACAGAUUGGUUUUCUGAUCCACUCCCCUACCUUAUUUUAAAGGUAUCUGUGACCAACAGAUGCAUAUCUGUAUUCCCAGCCAUGUGAAAUCCAUAGAUUAGGGCCUAAUGAAUUUAUUUCAAUUGACUGAUUUACUUAUAUGAACUCAGUAAAACCUUUGAAAUUGUUGCAUGUUGCGUUUUAUAUUUUUUGUUCAGUAUAAAAUUACUUGCAUGAGUCAUGAGUGCAUACAUUUUUUACGUAUGGGUGGACCCAUUAAUCAAACCCACUAUCCUGGCUUUGCAAGCACUAUGCUCUACCAACUGCGCUACAGAGGACCACUUGAAAAACCAAUUGAUGUCAGAUCUAGUGACAAAUUAGAAAUUGUAAUGAGCCUGACCUGAGGCACUGUAGGACAGGGUUGUGUUCAUUAGAAACCAAAUGGAAGAAACUGUUGAAACAAGGAAGGACUAGAAUGGAUCAUGAGUAACUUCUAACAGAGUGUAGAAGUUACAGACAGUGUAUUCAUGAGGGUUCAAUGUGAGUGAUAAAUGGCUAAGGCGGUCUCUGUGAGCUGCUGAAUUGAGACAGUGUUAUGAGUGGAAAUAGACAGACCAAUCUCUCUCCUCUCUCCCUGGGGCUGGCAUGUGUACUCCUCACCCCACUACCACCCUGAGGGGAGUCAUCCACCAACCACAGACUAACUUUACUGUAUUUCACUCUCCUAUCCCCUCCCUUCUCCUCCACUCUCCUUCUAUUCUCUCUGCCUUGUUUCCCCCUCUUCUCUUUACCAUCCUUGUCUGUUCCCUGGGUGAAGGUCUUGGUGCAGAUGCGUGUGGGAGCGGAUGAGGAGGGGGAUCCGGAGCAGAGUCUGACCGAGGGGGGAGCAGGCAGCCCCUCUGCCACGCAGCCCCAGACACCCAUGGACACAGACAAGCAGGCCAUCUACAGGUAGGCGAGUCAUGGUACUCCUCCACUCUGUCCUCCUCAUCAGAGCUCUAUCCCUCUGUUCUCCACCUCUUUUUUUUUCUUCCUCCUCCUUAAUUUUCCUUCCCCUGUCCUGUUUGUGACUGUAAACCUGUGUGGAUGUGCAAGCAUCGGUGCAUGACUGUGUGUUUGUCUACUUUCACAACUGUGCCUACUGUAGCGUUAAUCGUGUUUGUGUGUGUGUGUGUGCAUCGUAGGCACCCCUUGUUCCCUCUGCUGGCCCUACUCUUUGAGAAGUGUGAGCAGUCAACUCAGAGCUCGGACUGCGUCAGCUCUGCCAGCUUCAAUGUGGACAUUGAGAACUUUGUCCGCAGCCAGAAGAAAGAGGGCAAGGGCUUCUUCUGUGACGACCCAGACGUGGACAACCUGGUGAGGAACUCUGCACUACCAUGGUCCUGUUCAUUUGGGCAUGCAACUGAAAACAUUUGAAAAUGUUCUGCAACAGAAAACAAUUGGAUAUGUCCAGUUGGUCCUUUCCUGUUUCAGUCCAUUUUUCUUCCUUUUGGUACCUAAUGAACAUGACCCAGCUCUUACAUGUCAUUGUCUGUCUUUGAUGUUAAAUAAUAAUAUUCCGAAGUUCCACGGCUGUUGUGCCCUUCAACAAACCACUCUUGAAUUGCCUCUCUUUACAUCGAGCAAUUGAAAGAGAGUAUGUGUGAUGCCAAAUGUUUUAUCAAAAAUACAGAAAUAAAUGGUGUGACCAAUGUCUUUAUUGGGAAGAACUAAAGAGACUUGACUGACCAGCAAACUGAUGUUGAAUUACCUAAUUGGUAAUGGUUACGCUUAACCGUUGGCUAGGGUCAGGGUUAGAGUUAUGGGUUGGUAGCAUGCCUACUGAUGGAACUCUAAUUACCUCACCUGACCUUUGACCCCCGACCCCAGAUGGUGAAGGCCAUUCAGGUGCUGCGUAUCCACCUCCUGGAGCUGGAGAAAGUGAGUGACCUGUGUAAGGACUUCUGUAGCCGCUACAUCGCCUGCCUGCGCACCAAGAUGAACAGUGAGACCCUGCUUAGUGGAGGAGAAACGGACAGUCCCUGUUCCCCUGUCCAGAUACAGGUACACACACUCACACACAGGUUAUACACACACAUUUUCCCUUUAUAGAUUAUUUGUAUCUUUCCCAGAGGGAACUUUGGCUAUGGUAUUGGGAUUAAAUGAUAAGCACAUAAUAGUACAAUUCACACAUUAUAGGUAUAAAUUAUACAAGAUGAACACAAAUGAAUGUGAAUGCAGUUAGGCUAAUGUGUGUGUGUGUUCCCCCCCCAGACCUCCAGCCCACUCACAGGAACCCUCAGCCCUCAAGGCAUUGUGAUGUCAGCCUCGGCCCUGCAGCAGGGCAACGUUACCCUGACAACAGUCAAUUCUGCUGGCCAAGUGUUAGCAGGUAUGUCUCCGUGGCAUACCACCUCUACAGGUACCCUCUCCUCUCCGCCUUACUGUGUCCCUGUUCAGACAGCUACUAGCAAUACUGGGUCAUAUUAAUUAUGGCACAUCAUAGCAAAACAUUUUGCAACGGAUAACGAAAACUAUAUUUUCUUAGUUAUCAGGUUCAGGUAGUCCCUCCCUGUUUUAGUCCGUUUUCUUAAAUCCGUGAAUGUUGCCUCUUUUCAGAGUUUAUUUCAAAGUUGAUUAUGGUGAGGUGCUGAGGGUUCUUGGAUCAAGGCGUUACCAAAAAUGUGUCAUAACAUGUUUAUUUGUGCGUGUGUUUGAGCAGGUGGUACAGUGUACCAACCCAUUACAGUAGUCACGCCUCAGGGACAGGUGGUGGGACAAGCUAUCUCACCCCAGACAAUACGCAUCAACAACACACAGGUGAGGAAUACACCACACACACACAGACAGACGCACGGUCACAGUCACACAAACUACAGCCUGUUCUGUGAAUUGACUGUGUGUGUGUGUACAGCUCCAGUUGCAACUCAAUCAGGACCUGAGCAGUUUCUUCACCCAGGAGGACAGCUCAUCCAAGAGCAACAAGAGGGGCGUCCUGCCCAAAUCAGCCACCAACAUCAUGCGUACCUGGCUCUUCCAGCACAUAGGGGUGAGUGAAAAACACCUCAAGGUGUAAAUUGAAUACCUGAAUACCUUGCACCUCGUACCAACCGUUCCUAAGAUUAGAAUAACUACAUUUAGUGUAACCCAGAGUAAAGCUCUGCUAGGUUAUUCCAAGGGUGUCUGUGCGUGCAUGUGAGUGUGCACGUGCAUGCAUUUGAGAGAGAAUGAUGGCCCCCAUCACGAUGGCUCGUCCCAUGAUGGCUCGGAGCGGCUGCGUUGACAGAGACAGACGUGUUAGGCCCUCAUAUGACUGGCCCAUGGUCCGCUGGCUAUAAGCUAAUCAGAGGUUAAUCAGUGGACAGCCCACAGGCCCAAUGGCGGAAGCUAACCAGACUGGUAGCUCACAGAGACCCUUUGUUCCCUGUGUGUGUUUGUGUGGGUGUCGGUGUGUGUUUGUGUGUGGGCAUGUGUGCCUGGGCGUGUGUGUGUGUAAGAGACGGUUAACUAACAGCCAGAUGUUAGAAAAUCCUAGCCCUCACAAAGACACACUUCAGAUGAAGCGUCUUCACUACAGCUUGUUCCUCUCUGCUUGCUCCCGAGCUGCCAAUCCUGGCCCUCAAGACUUUGUACAUCCUAAAGUUGAAUCGAAAGCCCAAGCUCCCGAUACCUCAGAACUGUCCCCCACACGGCCCACUAGCAAUUUAUACCGGUGUGAUUAAUGGUUCCUGUGGUGCCCACAAACGUUGCGUGAUAGCAGGUCAAGUAACAUAGGAAUUGGGUAAAAAGGUAUCCGACUAGUGGCCAGGCUGCUCCGAACUCUAAUUCACAUAGAAGCGACUUUCCUUAAUCAAUGUCCUGUGCUGUUCCAAUACAAAGUUACCUUUAGUCUUACAUCAUCCAUCCACAGUCAGGCCCAGUGCCUACUGGGCUUAAUAGGGAGUUAAUAGAACUCAUUUUCUGUAAAUUAUUGGUGUUCUUUACCCUUUUAUCUCUCUCUCUCUCUCUCUCUCUCUCUCUCUCUGUCUGUCUGUGUGUGUCUCUCUCUCUCUCUCUCUCAGCAUCCCUAUCCCACAGAGGACGAGAAGAAACAGCUCGCCAUACAGACCAACCUGACCCUGCUGCAGGUCAACAACUGGUGAGGAAAUCUUUAACACACACACCCUAAACCCAAGUGUAGUCACAAAUGUACAUACUUUCACAUUUGUGAAAUGUGGCCUCAGAUGAUUGGCAUAGCCCCUGUCCGUCUCUCCCCCUCCAGGUUCAUUAAUGCUAGGAGGCGUAUCCUCCAGCCCAUGAUGGACAGCAGUGCGUCGGACACGCCCAAGAGCAGGAAGAGGACUCCCCAGAGCCGGCCCACCCAGCGUUUCUGGCCCAUGGCCAACAACAUUGCCUCGGCCGAUGUAGGGCAAGAGGUGGCCAUGGACGAUGAUGGUAAAUGCCAAAUAAUAUGAAAAGUCUGCAACUCUGAUAUGCUCCUGUUGUGAUUAAACCGCAAGUGAGAAAUCACAGUAGGAACAUAUCAGAGUUGUGGACAUUACUUUUUUUCAAAUCCCCAGUCCUUACUACAGGCUCGGAGGAAUAUCAGGGUGUGGCUUUCACACCUUGAUAUGACUUGAUCUUGUCCUUAACAUACCAGUCGUCUCUAUUACCACAAUAACCCCGGUCAACUCUGAUUGACUAUACACUGUCCAAUUACGUACUGGUUAGUGGAUGUGGCUGAAGCUUGAUCUUUUUCCCCUGUGCCCUCAGUUACCAUGGUGACGAUGGGCAUGAGUGUAGACGAGCUGCAGACGCUGACAUCAGACAGUGCAACACUGGCCAUGCAGCAGGUGAUGAUGGGAGGACACAGCGAGGAGGAGGAGGGCGAGAGCGAGGAGGAAGAAGAAGAAGAAGAGGAAGAGGAGGAGGGGGGUGACAUGGCCGGAUUGGAGUGA